AAACAAGCCGGCGGCUGUGUGAUGGGCCAUGGAUCCCAAAGGAGAAAAGAAAAAAAUAACUGAGGAGAACAGAGGAUUAAACUUCUCUUGGACCGAAACAUUUGCAUUCAUUGCAUUCAUCUUACAUGCCCGAUGUUGAGAAGCUUGUCCGAAAUCACAUUAAAGGGAACAAGUUAGGAGUGAAAAAGGAGACGAGGAAGGACGAGGAAAAUGAAAGGAGCAUCACUAGUGAGGGAGGGAUGAAGGGUGUGGCGGUGGCGAUAUAAAGCCUCUUUGCAUCCACUUCCUCAUCACUUCAGCCACUCUUUAGCGUCUCCGUGCUUCUGCAUCAAGAAAAGCCAUCAUGUCUCAUAUUCAGCAAGCCAUGGCUCUCCUCAUCGACUGCUUCCAGAGGUACGCCGGCAAGGAGGGCGACAAGAACACCCUGAACAAGGGAGAGCUGAAGGAGCUGCUCCAGAAUGAACUCGGGGCGCCCCUGGGGAAAGCCAACGACAAGGCGGCCAUCGAUCGCAUCUUCAAGGACCUGGACAUGAACAAAGACAACAGUGUUGACUUCAGGGAAUAUGUCAACCUGGUUGCUUGCCUCACUCAGUUGUGCUUUGAGCACUUCACCACCACCAAAUAGAGAAAUGAAGCCUCGCCUGUGUAGAAAGACGUAUAUUUGAUGUCUGGAAAAAGGCCCUUUUAAGUCGUGAUUAAAGAUAUGAUAUCAUAAUGUAUCACGUAACACAAUAAAGUCACUAAAACGCUA